GUUGUUAGAAAGAUUACAUUUACGACUGAUGUGUUGAUAUCUUCAGUGAGGGUUCCCAGUAAAGAAUCAACUGCUGUUCGAUAUGUGGUUGUCUGUGUUUGGCUUAAACAAAGAACACAUAUCAAAAAAUGCUACGGUCUGCUCAGAACACUUUAAAAAGCAUGAUCUAAUUAUACAGCCAAGUGGACGGGUUAUUUUGAGGAAAGGAACUGUUCCAAUAAAUAUUUACCAUAAAUCACCAGAACCAAGUUCCACAAACGAUAUGGAAAAUAAAGAAACAGCUUCCAGUAGUAUUGAUAAGGAUGAUUUUUAUGGACGUUCAAAAAGGUUACCUAUAAUGGAUAUCAUAGAGAAAACGUUAUCGUAUAAUAAUAAACUAAAACAACCUCAACCUAAUAAAAAUGUGGUCCAGAAUGAAAAUACCGAAGAAGUUAAUUAUGUAAAUAUCCACGAAAUACACGUCAACAAAGUCAUAGAGAAAAAACUGGGUACCAAUCACUUCGUUCUACUCAAUUAUGAGCUUAAACCUAUAAUUGGUCGUCUUGGUCUUCUUGGAGAGCAUAGUAUUUUGUUCGUAACAUUUCUAAACCAAAUUGGAUCCAAGGAACAUUUGCAAUUUUUCGUUAAGUAUUUUCCAUUUGCUGAAUUUCAAGCACAAUUCGCUGAGGGCAUUGGGGCCUUUGAAAAAGAAGCUCUAGUAUAUAAAUUGUUCAAAGAAUUUUCUAAGGAAGGUAUCACCCAAGCCAGUUAUGUUGUUCCCUACUGCUAUUUAGUAGCUCCCAAAAAAUACUUUAUAUUAAAUGAUCUUAAUACCGAAAACUAUCAAAGUUUGAAUAAACAUAUUUGCUUAGAAUACGAUGUUAUUAUAGUUGUUUUACAAGCUUUAGCCCAGUUACAUUCCAGCAGCAUAGCGUAUGAAGAAAAAUUAAAGAAGAGUCUAUUAGAUUUAUAUGGAAACGAUUUAGAAGAGACUUUCUUUAACGAGAGGAAAGGUUUUCCAAAUGUAGAAGGAGUAGAAUCUUGUAUAAAAUGUAUCGUGGACGAAAUAAAGCUUUUUAAUUUUCCAAAAUAAACUGGCUUCUGGAAAAGUUUUUACUGAAGUAGCAGACACGGUUUGUCGUAAAAUAUAUCAAAUAGUUAAACCAUCAAAAACUGUUAAAAAUGUUUUAACACAUGGAGACAUAUGGGCAAAUAAUAUAUUAAUAAAAUAUGACAAAAAGUCUAAUAAACCAAUUUGCUGUAAGUUAGUCGAUUUUCAAGCUGGCCGGUAUGCACCACCAGCGCAAGAUGUACUUGCUUUUUUAUACCUAAAUACUCGCAGAGAAUUCAGAAAAAAAUAUCUGUAUGAAUUAGUGGGAAUGUAUUACAGUUUUUUGGAAAAGAACCUCAAGCAAUGUGACCUAAAAAUUGACAGUAUUUUACCUUUCACAGACUUUUUAAAAAGUUGUGAUGAGCAAAAGCUGUUCGGUGUUUUGAUGAGUGCUUUCUAUUUUCCUUUAGUAUUAAUUAGCUCAGAUGAAAUUGAGAUUUACUUGUCAGAUGCAGAGCUAAACCACAAAACUCUGUUCGAAAAUAGAAUUCAUUUGGUAUUGGCUCACAAAGGAAAAGAUACGGACUACGAUGAACGACUAAGGGAAUCUAUAGAAGAUUUGAAAGAACUUUGCGAACUUUUUUAAAAUUAGAUUAUAUUUAUAUAUAGCAAAUAGAGUAUUUAAUUUUUUUAAUAAACGAUAUAAAAACUUGC